GGAAUGCGGGAUUGUGUUCAUCCAUAAACGGUUCGUCCAUUAUCAACACAGCUAGCCCAGCAAUGAACCUGGAAAUUAUUAAUCCACUUUAACUGAGAUAUGGAAGAGUUGACAACUCCCGUACGACAACACCAUAAGUUUAGUGUUGACAGACUUCAAAGAUAUCUGUCUGUCAAUUCGCGGGUGUCAAAUAAUGACACACUCACUGUCAAACAGUACAGCACUGGUCAAUCCAACCCCACUUUCCUAGUCCAGACACCCUCCAAAAGCUAUGUCCUCAGGAAGAAACCUCCAGGUGAGCUGCUGCCAGGGGCUCACAAGGUGGACAGGGAGUAUCGGGUGCAGAAAGCCUUGUUCUCCGUUGGUUUCCCUGUGCCUGAGCCCCUCCUCUACUGCACUGAUGCUGAAGUCAUUGGAACAGAGUUCUACUUGAUGGAGCAUGUGAAGGGGCGAAUAUUCAGAGAUCUUCGUCUCCCUGGCGUGAGUGCAGCAGAGAGAUCAGCUCUGUAUGUGGCUGCAGUGGAAGUACUGGCAAAGCUGCACUCCCUGGACCUGGUAUCACUGAACCUUGAAGGGUAUGGGAAAGGACCAGGCUACUGCAGGAGACAGGUGUCCACCUGGACAAAGCAGUACACCGCAGCUGCUCACAGAGACAUUCCAUCCAUGAAUGAACUUUCUGAUUGGUUGAUGAAGAAUUUGCCAGCCAAUGAUAAUGAAGUCACGCUGGUCCAUGGAGAUUUCCGACUAGACAACUUGAUAUUCCAUCCAACAGAGGCACGUGUGAUAGCAGUGUUGGACUGGGAGCUGUCCACCACUGGACAGCCCUUGGCGGACCUGGCCUACUUUCUCAUGCCUCAUUACUUUCCCACAGGCUUCAAUGUCAUCAGCACAAUGGGCAGCUUAACAGGAAUAGGAGGCAUUCCGACUGUGGGUGACCUGAUCUCCAUUUACUCGCGGUGCAGGGGGAUCCCAUCUGCUUUGCCGCAGUUGAAUUUCUACCUGGCCCUGUCAGUCUUUAAGAUGGCAGGAAUUGCCCAGGGGAUCUAUGCUCGCCACCUACUUGGUAAUGCCAGUGCUCCCAAUGCAGCUCAGUUCAGCCAGUGUGUGGAGCCCUUGGCUAAGGUUGCCUUGCAGCUUGCACAGAGGUCUCUCACAAGUCCAACAGAAGAUAGACUGUUACUCCAGACAGCUAAAGGUCAGGCUGUGCUCCAGCAGGUCAAAGACUUCAUGAGACAAUACGUGCUUCCUGCUCAGGAGGAAGUUGCAGAGUACUACUCCAAACAUGCUCAGGCUCCACAGAGAUGGCACACUCCCCAAAUAAUAGAAGAUCUAAAGGUGAGAGCUAGAGAGGCAGGGCUGUGGAACCUGUUCCUGCCUGCAGUCAGUGGUCUCACUCAGUUGGACUAUGCUUACAUCGCAGAAGAAACUGGACGCUGCUUCUUUGCCCCUGAAGUCUUUAACUGCCAGGCUCCUGACACAGGAAAUAUGGAGGUGCUCCACAUGUUUGGCAGUGAGGAACAGAAGAGAAAAUGGUUGGAGCCUCUAUUGAGAGGAGAGAUCCGCUCCUGCUUCUGUAUGACAGAACCUGAUGUGGCCUCCAGUGAUGCGACCAACAUGGAGUGCACUCUUCACAGGGAGGAAGACGAAUUCAUCAUAAAUGGCAAGAAAUGGUGGAGCAGUGGUGCUGGCAAUCCCCAAUGCAAAGUGGCCAUUGUGAUGUGCAGGAGCAGUUCUCGGGAUGUUAGUAGCAGGCACGGCCAACACAGUAUGAUCCUGGUACCCACGGACACACCGGGUGUAAAGCUCGUCAGACCACUCACUGUGUUUGGACAGGAUGAUGCUAUCCAUGGUGGCCACUUUGAAGUCCACUUCCUGAAUGUGCGAGUCCCUGCCUCCAACAUUAUUCUGGGGGAGGGCAGGGGAUUUGAGAUCGCUCAGGGUCGUCUGGGGCCAGGCAGGCUGCAUCACUGUAUGAGGGCUGUUGGUCUGGCAGAGUUUGCACUGGAGCUACUCUGUCAGCGGGCCGCCUCCAGGCGCACAUUUGGCAAGAAACUCUACCAACAUGAAGUUGUUGCUCACUGGAUAGCGGAGUGCCGUCUCAUGAUAGAACAGACCCGCCUGCUGACUCUACAUGCUGCACAUGCUCUGGACACACUGGGUAGCCGGGCUGCUCGCAAACAGAUUGCAAUGAUCAAGGUAGCAGCUGCCAGGAUGGUGUGUAAGGUUGUGGAUUGUGCUAUACAGGUAUAUGGAGGUGCAGGUGUGUCUGGAGACUUCCCACUAGCACAGAUGUAUUCAUAUGCGAGGACUUUGCGUGUUGCUGAUGGUCCAGAUGAGGUGCAUCUCUCCUCCAUUGCUCAUCUAGAACUGAGGGAUCAACUUAAGAAGGCACAAGCCAAACUGUAAAGUACUGGAUGUCAUGUGGCCACAUCAGCUUCACUAAAUUGCUAUAAGCUAUUACACUGCCUUGUUCAGACUGUUAGUAAUAUUUUGCCUUAACAAAAACUGAUUUUUCACUUCCUGUGAACUGUUCAGAUGUAAUGGAAGAUGGAGAGUUUAAUUAGCCUUGUGAUCUCAAACAUCCUUUAUAUUAAAACAGGGAUUAAAGAAAAGAUUUGCGAGCCUGAAAGCUAUCCAGGAGGAAAUGUGUACAAUUACUUUAAAACUGCUCUAUGCCUGAAGGCAAGCAUGGUGCCUGAGAACUUUAAGCCUUGUUAAAAAAUAAAUCCUACAGUAUUUUUCUAAAGAAUAUACAGUAAUGUUAAUAAAGUUAAAAUCAAAUGUGA